GAUCCCGUUGUGGUGUUGGACUUCCAGAGCCUCUACCCCUCGAUGAUGAUCGCCUAUAACUACUGUUACUCCACGUGUUUGGGACGAGUGGAUCAGCUCAUUGAACAAACCGAGUUCUCAGAGUUUGGAUGCAUUGGUCUCGAAGUGCGAAAGCAAUUGCUGUAUAAGUAUCGCAACGAUAUCCACAUCUCUCCCAAUGGAGUGGUUUUUCUCAAAGACUAUGUCCGCAAAGGAAUACUACCGAAAAUGUUGGAUGAGAUUCUGGAGACAAGAAUUAUGGUUAAGAAUGCGAUGAAAAUGAAUAAUAAGAAACAGAAUCCGAGUAAAGGUCUGAACCGGAAACUGGACGCCAGACAACUGGGCCUUAAAAUGAUCGCAAACUUCACGUACGGCUAUACGAGCGCCAACUUCUCGGGUCGUAUGCCGUGCGUCGACGUCGCCGACAGUAUUGUCGCCAAA